AUGAUGAUAUACAAGUGUGUGCCUGAAAAAAGGAGGUCAGUGAAAGUGGUUCACCUUCUAUUGCAUCUGGUAGCUCUGGUGGCUGGAGUUCUAGGGAUCACUGCAAUUUUCAACUCAAAGAAAGAAGCUCAUCUUCCUGAUAUGUAUACCUUACACUCUUGGCUAGGCAUCUCAGCAAUAUGCCUAUUUGGUUUACAGUAUAUCAUGGGCUUCUUCUCUUACUUCUUCCCUGGUGCAGAAAUGUCUACUAGAGCUUCCCUUAUGCCAUGGCACAGGUUUCUAGGCAUGGCCAUAUUCUUUCUUGCAGUCGCCAUAGCUGAAACUGGUUUGGUUCAAUAUUUCCAGUUUUUACACCUUUUUCGCAGCCAAGAGGCUCUCAUAGUCAAUUCCACUGCUCUCUUACUCUUCCUCUAUGCUCUCUUUGUUGCUCUCUCUGUCACUCUCCCAAGAACUUAG